CCUCUGGCGGCAGGUUCACGAAUUACCGUGCUGAUCAUGUGACCUAUGGAACUCGCCAUUUUGUUUUGUUGGCAGAAGUGAGACAGCUUUCCAAUGACAUAAAUUAUAAUAAUGGCAGCAGUCCUGCCAGAGAAUGGAGCAGUUACGCAGAGUGAGGGGGGCUGUGGUGCCCUAGAGAAACCUCCCCCUCACAAAGCAGGCUCCAUGUCAGAUCCAGAUGUUGGAAAUGAAGAGGACAUUGUUCAGCAGAUCAGUAUUAAUGGCAGUCUAGGGGAACACACAGGGACAGAGUGUGUAGAAAGUUCAGAGACUUGUGACCACAGUGGUGGUACAGAGGGUGCUGAGACAGGUGAUAGGAACUCUGUUAAUGAAACCAUUUCCUCAGAUUCAGCAACAGAAACAUGCAACGUGGUUAAUGAGUCAUGUAGUGUUCAGCCAGCAUUCCAAGCUGAAGUGCACCAAUCCAGCACAGACCAGCAUAUAGCACACAAUACAUUAGACAGUAAUAUAGAUAGCUCCCAGGAGGCGGAGGCAUUAAAGACCAUUGUGAGUGAAGCCAUUGGGAAUCCAGGGGGUCUAAAGAAUAUGACUCCAGACCAGGAAUCACUUCCUGCUCCUAGUGGAGAUGAUAAAGGGAGUGAUACUAACUCCAAACAACUCUCAGAUAGCUCUGUUUCAAAAAGUACAACAGACAUACUGUUCACUUCUAGCUGUGAUACGCAGGGUGAUGGCAGUGACGAUGACCAUCUCCUGUCUGAGCUGGACCUGGAGUUGGACUUGGAUGCAUUUGGGACAACCUUGACUAAAUCUGUGUUACAAAAAAACACUACUACUAACAGGACAGAGUAUGAUGCUCUACAAAAACAGUUAAAACUACAAAAAAGUGAAAUGAACAGUCUCCAGGAGAAAUUUUCUAGACAAAAAAGUCAAUUGUCCGAGGCCAUCAAAGAGAGAGAUGCUUACCUCCAAGAAAUACGGGAACUCAAAUCCAACUCUUCCGAGGACAUCUACCUAGCACAGAUAAAAGAGGCUGGGAAGAAGUGUGAAGAAACGAUAAAGGAGAAGGACGCCAUGGUGAUGAAGUAUGCUCAGAGUGAGGCCAAGCUCCUGGAGUUAUCGCAGGCCAUUGAGAAGCUGGAGAACAAGAACAAAGAUGUGGCCAAAGAGAAGGACAAUGUCACUGCCAAGUUUAAAGCUAUGAAAACAGAUAACACCAAGCUAACACAGUGUCUAGAAGCCAGAGGUCGAGAAGUGCGAGGGUUGCAGAAGGAAUUGGAGAAACUAAAAGAGGCCAUUUCUUCCAAUGAUGUCAAGGUGAAAUGGGCUCAGAAUAAACUUAAGGCAGAACUUGAUGCUCACAAGGAAACCAAAGCAGAGCUCCAGAAAACUAUCCAGAAACUAAAUGAAACCAGGGAAGAAAAUGAACAGAUCAGGAGAGAUGGGCAGGAAAUGAUCAAAACAUACCAGGAAUCCGAGGAAGUGAGGUCCAAUUCAUUAGACAUAGAACUAAAAAGGAAAGAGUCUGAGUUGAAGCAGCACAAGCAAGAGAAGAAUGACCAGGAAGAGGUGUUUUCCAUCAUGUGUAGAGAGUUAGACUCCCUGAAGAAACAACAUAAAGAUGCCCUGGCUGAACUGGGGACAUUCAGAGACAAGGUGAAGUGUUUAGAGACAGAGAGGUUGUCCCAGGAGGCGUCCAUGUUGAAGCUAAAGGAGAUCAUACAGAACCAGAAGCGGGAUAUUCAGGAUUUAAGACAACAGGUGGAUGAACUGCAGAAUGCCAGGACCCAGUUAGAGGUAGAAAGAGAAAAAGUAGAGAAGUUGACGUCCAGCCUGGAGGAGGUGAACCAAUGUAACCGAGACCUGGAGGCUGAUAUGGACGGCUGUAGGAAGAGGGAGGCAGAACUCCUGGAGUUUACUGAGAAAAUUAGUGCUAAAAAUGCUCAAUUACAGUCUGAAAACAACGGGUUACAUUCCAAGGUAACAGUAUCUAGUGCAGAACUAGAGAAGUUGAAUUCCCUCUGUAAAGAAUUACAGAAAACAACCCAACAACUGACAGAAGAACUUGAGUGUGAGAAGAAGGCCAGGUCAGAAGAAACUACAGAAUUUACUGAUAAACUGAGGGAGAAAAAUACACUGGUUGACCAGUUAACGGUGCAGUUGAAUGAUGCUGUAGAUCAACAGAAAACACUGAAGAAAAAACAUGCAGGGAAUGUUAAAGAUUUGUUAAGACAAUUGCACCAUGCUAAGAAGAGACUUGAGAAUUAUGAAAGUGAAGCAGAGGAGAAGAACCACAAGAUGAACCAUGGCUCCAGAGCCAGCUCCACCUCUUCACUGGAGAAAGUCAACAAUGGCCACGCUGGAGGGAGCACUGCCACUUCUAGAGGUUCCAGCCAAGAACCACAAACUCAGGACCCCCAUGCCAUUCCAGCUACUGAAGUGAUAGAGCCUGACCGUCAGAUGUUGAUAGAGAGAAUAGUAAAGCUUCAGAAAGCACACGCCAGGAAGAACGAAAAGAUGGAGUUUAUGCAGGACCAUAUCAAGCAGCUGAUAGAUGAGGUGCAGAAAAAAGCAAGAAUAAUUCAGAUGUAUGUGAUGAGGGAGGAAGCCGGGGCCUUGGCGCCACUCAGCAUGGAUGAGAACAAAGCCCAGCUGGCACGUAAAGGAGGUAUCAUGGCAUCCGUGUAUAAAAUGCAUGCUGCAGACGGCCACAUGACCAUCGAACUUUCCCUGGAAAUCAUGAAAAAACUGCAAGCAGUAUUGGAAGACACCAUUUUGAAAAAUAUCACACUCAAGGAAAACUUGGACACACUAGGAGCAGAGAUAGCCAGACUCUCCCAAGAAAACAGACAACUCCAGUUAGAGUUUCAGAAAGUCAAAUCCUGACAGCCCUGGAGAUCAUCUGUUGCAGUACAGCAUCCAUUUCACAUAUCAAAUAUAUCUGAUGGACACCAGGGUUGACAUCCAUACAAUCAUUGGUGUAAAGAUAUCAAAUUGUUCAUCAAAUAAUUAUUCCUUACAUUACAGAAACAGAUAAAAUUGAAAUCCAGUAAUAUGAAAAGUUUUUUUUUUUUUGUUUCUACCUACUGAACUCUUAUGUUUUCUAAAUGGUUAAAGCAGUGAAAUGGUUAAAGCAGUGAAAUGUUUUACGGUCUAACUUGGCUGCGCAUGGACCUUCUUAUGAAUUUUCAUUAUGCUAAUACCCAUGCUCUCACAUGCAUGCACACACGUGCGCAUGUGCGCACACACACGAAUCAGGUAGUCAAGUCAUAAUAUGGAUGUUUGGUAUUAUAUCAGAUAGUCAUGUCAUACCUGGCUAGUAACAUACAUGUGUGCUGCUCAUUAUAAAUUAUAUAUAUAUAUAUGUAUAUCUCAUUUGUCAUUGUCACCUGACUACAUGUAGUCAUUUUCAUUGAAAAGCGCUAGCUGUAAAAUAAGAUAAGCAUUUUUGUUCAGUUUUUGGAUUUGAACUCUGACCAUUUAUUUCAUUAUAUGGUGCUUUAAGGUAUCAAUAUUAUCCAAAAAUGAUGUGUUCAGCAUAGGAAAGGACCAGAGUUUUAUAUCUAGCAGUGACCCAAAUGCAGGUUUGAAAACAGGAGUUAUAUUGUCCAAUGUAAUUGUGUAUGUUAUGUUAUAUGAUCUGUACCGUAGUAUAGACUGUAUAGAAGUCUGCAGAAUUAAGUGUUGACCAAGGUUCAUACUAUGUGUAGUGUGAGUGGUACAAUGAUGGUGUGAGGCAGUCACAGAAGAUGAGGUUCAGUAGUUGCUUGUUUGAAUAGGAAAACAGUGUAUGGGCUGUCUUUAUGGUGCAUUUAUACGGUUGUUAAUUCUCCAUUCUUAAGUAAGUGCAAUAUACAGAGAGAACAAUUGACCAAGGGUAGAUUUUGUACAAUUCACAUCAGAAAUUUGAUAAGUUGCAUGGACAAUAAUUGCUAAAAUGAAACACGAGGACAGUUUCAUUUUAAAGGAAUGAGUGCUAAAAUGCUGUAAUAGUGAGCUUGCCCUUUAGUUGAAUGUAUGUAAAUUAUUUUAUUGUGAA